AUGGACGUCGAAGAUGCGACGGGCGACUUCCCGAACAUCUUCGAGAUGUUCCAGUUCUGGGGGCAGCUGUACUUCCACGGGUCCCUCGGGGCCUGCAGCGUCCACUGGAGCUCGUCCCGCAUGACGCUGUGCGCGGGCGUCUGCGAGUUCUCCCGCCACGGCGGGUGCCGCAUCAAGCUGUCGGAGCCCCUCCUCAAGUUCCGCCCCGCCAAGGACCUCAAAGAGACUCUCCUGCACGAAAUGAUCCACGCCUACAUAUUCCUCAACCGGAUCCGCGACGACGGCGACCACGGCACGCAGUUCUGCAAGAUGAUGCGCGCGAUCAACGCGUCGGCCGCGCCGGACCCCUACAGGCCCCCGGGGGGGUAUAACAUCACCGUCUAUCACACCAUGCACGCGGAGGUCGACAGCUACCGGCAGCACCACUGGCGGUGCAAGAACUGCGGGCACCUGGUCAAGCGCGCGAUGAACCGCGAGCCGCAGGAGGCGGACUGCAGCGGGCGUCGCGGGCAGCGGGGGGACAGUUGCCGGGACCCCCGGUGCUCUUACCACAUGCACAAGAGGCACUGCGGGGGGCAGUUCGAGAAGAUCAAGGAGCCCGAGGGGUACAAGGACAAGCGGAGGAAGGGCCAGAAGGGCGGCCAGAAGGGGGCGGCGGACGGCGCUGGCGGUGCCCCUGGGAGCGCGGCAGGCGGGAGGAGCAGGGGCGACGUGCAGCCGUUCGAGGGGCAGGGCCGCGUGCUGGGGGCGGGGAAGAUCCCUCCUGCGGCGGCGGCGGGCACCAAGUCGAUCACGGCGUACUUCUCUCCGACAAAAGCCGCGCCAGCGGCGGCGCAGGUGGCCGGGGCGCGGGAGAGCGACGGGGCGAUCGUGCUGUCGGACUCGGACUCCGGAGGGUCUGCGCGCGGCGCGGGGCGGCGUGCGGGUCCGAGCACGCGCGGGGCGAGCGCGGUGAUCGUGUUGUCGGACUCGGAGGGGGAGGAGGGGGGGGGAGUCGGGGAGUGGCAGCCCGUGGCGGGGAGCGGGACGCCGUGCACGCCGCCGGUGGCGCGGGCAGCGCGGAGCAGGGAGCGCGAGGGCAGCGACGCGGCGGCGGGGCGGGUGGAGGGCGAGGCGGCGGCGAAGCGGCGCAGGCUGGCGGAGGCGGCGGAACGGAGGGCGAGGGCGGCGGGCGCUGGGCCGCGGUGA